AUGGAGAAAGAAGCUGCGCAUGCGCAUUCCCCAGAGGUUGCCUCCGUUCAAGAUAAUGUCGAUUUCCGCACCAAUACUCCUACGACCGCCGUCGAUCAGCAUGGAUGGAAGUAUAAGCAUCGUCGAUUCCUUGGCAUGACCUUUUGGUAUGCAUCUCCUCGAGUUCAACUUACCAUGGUUGCAUUCGUCUGCUUCCUCUGUCCUGGUAUGUUUAAUGCGCUUGGUGGUCUUGGUGGUGGUGGAAAAGCAGAUCCAACUCUUGCAGAUCAUAUGAACACCGCUCUCUACUCCACCUUUGCAGUCUUCGCUUUCUUCGGUGGAACAUUCGUCAACAAAUUGGGUAUCAAGACUUGUUUGGCCUUUGGUGGUAUCGGAUAUUGUAUUUAUGCAAUUUCUCUCCUCGCCUCGGUUCACGCAAAUGUGGGUGGCUUUAACAUCUUCGCCGGUGCACUUCUUGGUGUUUGUGCUGGUCUAUUGUGGACUGCGCAAGGAACCAUCAUGGUUUCAUAUCCAUAUGAAGGUGACAAGGGAAAAUACUUUGGUGUUUUCUGGGCAGUUUUUAACUUUGGUGCUGUUCUUGGUGCUUUGAUCCCACUUGGUCAAAAUAUCAAUGUCAAGACCAACAGUACUGUCACUGAUGGAACUUACAUCGCGUUCAUCAUUCUCAUGUUCGCCGGUGCUGUUCUAGCUCUCUUUUUAUGUAACGCCGAUGACAUUGUUCGACCUGAUGGUACCAAAGUUGUUCUCAUGAAACAUCCAUCCUGGAAAUCCGAAUUCAUCGGUCUUUAUGACACCAUUGUUCAAGAACCAUUCAUCAUCCUCCUCUUCCCCAUGUUCUGGGCUUCCAAUUGGUUUUACACUUAUCAACAAAAUGGAAUCAACGCCGCUGUUUUCAACACCCGUACUCGUGCUCUCAACAACGUUUUGUACUGGACUGCACAAAUUUUCGGUGCCAUCAUCUUCGGUUUCGGCCUCGAUGCCGGUAACUUCCGUCGUUCGGUUCGUGCCAAGUCCGCUCUCGCUCUCCUUUUCUCCAUCACCAUGAUUACUUGGGGUGGUGGAUAUGCUUUCGAAAAAACCUAUACCCGUGAGAGCACCAACUCAGCUACCGGAGACUAUGUUCCAAUCGACUGGACUGAUGGUGGUAAAAAAUACAUUGGUCCUAUGUUCCUCUACAUCUUCUAUGGAUUCUUCGACUCCGCAUGGCAAGGAUCGGUUUACUGGUUCAUGGGUGCCCUUUCUAACUCUGGUCGUAAAUCUGCCAAUUAUGUCGGUUUUUACAAGGGUAUUCAAUCAGCUGGCGGUGCUGUCAUGUGGGCAUUGGAUGCGAAGAAACUUUCCUACCAUGAUGAAUUCAUCAGCAAUUGGGUUAUCCUCUCCGUCUCUUGCGUCAUCGCUGCUCCUGUCAUCUUUUUGAGAAUCAAGGACACCGUUACCGUCGAAGAAGAUUUACAAGGUACCGAUGAAACACUCGCAGAUGUGGUUCCGGAAGGUCAUGAGGAGAAGUUGGGUGGUGGUCAUGAAUUGAAUACUCAUGGACCCAUUUCUCGUUCCGAUAAUGUUUAG